AUGCCUACCAACGCUGCUGCUGCUUCUGCCACUCCAGCUGCUGUCAAGAAGAAGCCAAAUUAUGCUAACAUACAUGAGGCAGUGAAAGCCGGUGAUGUAGAACAACUUGCAUCAAUGGUAAAAAGCGGAGCCAGUAUUAAUGAGGUGGAUUUAGUCCAAAAAUUUACAUCUUUGCACUGUGCAGCACACUCUGGAAGCCUGGAGUGUCUUCACUGGCUGCUUUGGCAUGGGGCUGAUAUAACAGCUUUAGCUAUAAGAGACUGGACAGCAGCUCACCUUGCUGCUAUCAGAGGUCAUGAUGCUUGUAUGCAGGCCCUUGUAAUGAAUGGAGUAAACUUAACAGCUCAAGAUGAUCGAGGAUGCAAUCCGUCACAUCUAGCUGCAGCCCAUGGACAAUCAUACACUUUACAAACCAUACUCCGGAGUGGAAUGGAUGCAAAUGUUUCAGAUAGGAAUGACUGGAAGCCAGUUCAUUAUGCUGCUUUUCAUGGCCGCUUGGGUUGUUUGCAGCUUCUUAUUAGAUGGGGAGCUACUAUAAAUGACGUGGAUAACAAUGGAAAUCUUCCAGCUGCUGGACAAGGACACUUAAGCUGCUUGCAAUGGUUGAUUGAAAUGGGAGCUGAUUGUGACAUUACAAAUGAAGCUGGAGAGACUCCAAAGGAUGUAGCCAAGAGAUUCGCCCAGGUGGCAGCUGUGGAGCUUCUGAGACGGGCAAUGGGAGACGAUUCUGAUGAAGAAUUAGAUGACAGCGAUGUAAGGUUUUUCGACAGACAUGGCGUGGAAGGGAGCACAGACACCACGGAAGAUUUAAUUCUGGAUGAAGCAAAAAAAAGAGACGCCCGCAUAAGAGCCUACCAAAAGAUUGAAGAACUUCGGCAACUUCUAGAAAUUGCCUACAGCAACUACAAACAGCUGGGAGGAAUAACUGUAGAGGAGAGGAAGAAGAAGAAAGAAGAAAGGGAGGCUGAAAAGAUGAUUAGAGAGCUGGAGGCCCAGCUGGAAUACGAGCGAGUCCGUCGAGAGAAGCUGGAGCGUCAGCUGGAUGAAUACCGAGCAGAGACAAGCCACCUCAAAGAGUGUCUGGAGAAACUGCAGCUCACACCCACCACCUCUGGGGAAGGGGAGGCUGCCUCUGAUUUAGGCAAAGAAAAAAAGAAAAUGAAGAAAAAGCCACCAGGCAGCCCAGGCGGAGUGUUUGUGAGACGCUACUGA